UCGCGCUGCCGACGACGGCUUCACUCCGGCCCCGCGCCUGCAUCACACAGCACGGCAUCACCAUGAGCUCCCUCGGCCUGCUGUGGACGGUGGCGCUGCUGCUGCUGGCGGGAGUCAGCGCGCAGGAAGAGAACGCGUUGGAAGAGGAGAAGUUUGACAAGCCGCCGCCGCUGUACCCGGGCGAGGUGGAGAUCUUCAGCGACCAGCCGUGUCCCAACGGCCUGUACGCCGACCCCGACCGUCCCACCAGCCCCAACACCAAGGUCUGCGUCGAGGCCCGACUCAACUGCAAGGACGGGGUCACCUGGCAGAGCAUGUGCAACACCUGCACGUGCUCUAAGGGCACCGGCAAACUAGGAGUCAUCAAGUGCACCAAGGAGGACUGCUACGACUUCGAGCUUCCGGAGGAAAAUCUCGGCAACAGCAACUUGUGCGGCGACGACGUGUCUGACUGCCCUGACGGCUGCGGCUUUGUGCGUCGCGACCACCGCUGUGUCUACUGCCAGUGCGGGGGUUCGGAGCCGGAGCCGGAGGAGCCCGCUCCCAGCGAACCGGCCGAAGAGGAGGCCGAAUGAGGUCGGAUCGCGUCCCGCCGAUGGCCAAACUUUCGCGUGUUUUGAUUUCCCAUGUGUGUCAUUUCAGUAUUCAGUUCGCUGAGGAUUAAAUACAUGCCGACUUCGUCUCUGCA